AGUCAUUACUCUCGUAUUAUAUUGAGUUCUUCUAAAAAAACAAUGGCGAGAGAAGAUGGAGGGGUGAUAAUAGUGGGAGCUGGACCUUCUGGCCUGGCCGUGGCGGGUUCCCUGAGCCGACUAUCGAUCCCAUACAUCAUUCUAGAAAGAGAAGACUGUUUCGCUUCUCUUUGGAAAAAGUACGCUUACGACCGACUCCAUUUUCAUCUCAGAAAGCAAUUUUGCGAGCUUCCUCACAUGGCCUUUCCCUCUACUUUUCCUCAGUACGUCCCCAAAAACCUCUUCCUCCAAUACUUAAACGACUACGUUUCUCAUUUCCAGAUUCGACCCGUUUACCGGAGAACCGUCGAGUCAGCCAUCUAUGACGAGGCUUCCGGCAAAUGGAACGUCAAAGCAAGACUCAACGACUUGGGUGAUAAAAACAUCGAGGAAUAUUCCGGUAGGUUCUUGGUGGUGGCUACCGGAGAAACGGCCAACCCUUUUGUGCCGGAGAUUAAAGGCUUGGAUGGUUUCGCCGGGGAGAUUCUACACUCGACCCAGUUCAAAUCAGGGAAAGAGUUCCGGAACAAGAAGGUCUUGGUUGUUGGCUCAGGCAAUUCCGGCAUGGAAAUUGCUCUUGAUCUCACCAACCACGACGCCAAAACAUCCGUUAUCGUCCGAAGCCCGAUUCAUGUUGUGUCAAGGGAGAUGGUUUAUUUGGCAUUGGUUUUGUUGAAGUAUCUUCCAUUAAAAAUGGUGGACUCUGUAGUGGUGAUGCUUAGUAAGUUGAUGUAUGGAGAUUUAACCAAGUACGGUAUAGAAAGGCCCUCUGAAGGCCCUUUCUAUAUGAAGGUCAAAUAUGGUAAAUACCCAAUUAUUGAUGUCGGCACUUGCCAUAAGAUCAAGACCGGCGAGAUUCAGGUAUUGCCAGCAGAGAUUGAAAGCGUUAAAAACGACGUCGUUGUGUUGAAGAACAACAAGUCGUACCAAGUCGACGCAAUAGUGUUCUGUACGGGUUUCAAGAGGUCAACGAAUUUGUGGCUUAAGGGGGAUGAUUGUAUGUUGGAUAAUGAUGGGAUUCCAAAAAUAAGUUACCCAAAUCACUGGAAAGGGAAGAAGGGUUUGUAUUGUGUGGGUCUAUCUAGAAGAGGUCUCUAUGGAGCCAAAGAAGAUGCUGAAAACAUUGCAAACGACAUCGUGUUGAUGAUGAGCGAUCCACAAAACGAUGAUAACAAAUGGGAAAAGAAGAUUUAAUGAGUUUUUUUUUUUCUGAAGAAGAAGAAGAUUUAAUGAGUUGUUGCUUUAUUAUUAAUAUUAUUAUCGUUAAUGACUUGUUUUCCUUUCAUUAUUGGUGGAUUUUUGAAGUUUGUAGUAAUAUUAUAAUUUAGCUUUUUAUGCAUGAAAGUGACCGUACAGUGGUUUGCCUAUAAAAAGUCACGAGUCUUUUUCAUUGAUAUUAACUAUUGCAAAUUUAAAUGUGAUGGGAUAAUUUUGUAUGUAAUAGAAUAUUGCUAUGGGACACCACUUGCGUAGCUUAGUAGUUGAGCGUGUAA